AUGGCAGUAGACCAGUCGGAAUAUGUUCCAUUCGGUGUAGCAGGGGAGUUUAAUCAUGACUCAAGUGCACAUGGCGGUGUCAAUGUCAAUGGGAACAACCCGGAGAAUCCCGCAUUGCGUUUGACUGCCGACGACGGCACAGAAACGGAGCUGGGCAAUGUCGAAAAUGUCGAACCUGUUGCUGGCGGGCUCGUGAGAGCUAUGACGGGACUAGAGAAUGACCUCUCCUCAGUGAGAUCACUGAUCAAGUCAAAGACUCCUUCUGAUGUUCAAACGAUCGUCAUCGACCAUGGUGACACAGCACAGUUACAGCAACAAGACCAAGAGGGUCAGGUUUCUGCUCCCGAGUCGCCUGGAAACGAUCUUGCAGGUAUCGGCGGGACACUUGGAGAGGAAAGGAUGGAAGCCGACGACAAGCUUGAGCUGUCGGAUGCCGAAGGCGAGGAUGCAGACGACCUCUGGAGCUUGCUCGACGACAACCUCAUCACCCCACCGCCACACGAUGGCAAGAAGUUUCUUCCCUUGAACGAGCUUCGAAGGAUCAUUGCGAAGCCCAAGGUCCGGCGGGCGUUGAGAAGCAUUUUCCCGGACGAGAAGGCUGCUGAGUACGCCAACGCCGUGUGCAACAGGACCAUCUACAACGACAACCAACGGACGACGCGGCAGAGGAUGUUCGCCAUUCUUGUGCUCACGGAAAACAUUGGCGCUUUACCCAGCCUCAUUGACGAAGACCUCCACGACGCACACCUCCCUUUCCAGGAAGUUCGAGACGAAGGCGGGAAGAAAUGGUACUUGUGUUGCAAAGGGAAAGACGGCACUCGCAUUCGAUUCGAGGGAAGUCGCAAGUGGACAAACCCGAAGAUCAAAUCCUUUGUUGACAAGCAGUGGCACUUUCUCUCUCCUUUCUUCGACAUGUUGGCAAACAAGCCGUUGGCAUAUCUUCUCGAGCCCAUGGUCAUUCUUCCCUUUCUUGAUGGGGACGAGGGACACCACAACACGGUCUAUGGCGGUUACAGCACGGUUUGGAGAGUCAAGAUCCACCAUGCGCAUCAUAACUAUACACACCGUGCGGAACCUUACUUUGCGAUCAAGAAGCUGCUUUCCGUCGACAAGCGUGCCUUCAACCAGGAGCUUCAGGCGCUGAAGACGUUCAACCGUCAAGGCCACAAACACCUGACCAAGUUGCUGGCGACGUACGAGUAUCACGGUUACCGGUUUUUCCUCUUUCCAUGGGCGGACGGCAACCUCCGAGAGUUCUGGCAGAGAUUUGAUCGUCCGAAACCAAGUCUUCAACUAGUCAAGUGGGUAGCAGAGCAGUUCGCUGGCCUAGCGUCUGGCCUCGAGCUCAUUCAGCAUCCGCCGCGGGACAGUAUGAAGGUGGAAGACCCCAAAGAUUAUGGUCGACAUGGAGACUUGAAGCCAGAGAAUGUGCUAUGGUUCAGGGACAGCGAUCAACCUCACAACGUCCCGGGCGACGGUAAUCUCAAGAUUACGGAUUUCGGCCUGACCCGAUUCCACCGAGACAUUACCAAGUCCAAGGACAAUGCUCGAGGGCUUGGCGUUUCACUGACAUACAAGGCCCCCGAGGUCGAUGUGGUUGACCGUGUUUCUCAGGCUUACGACCUCUGGACUAUGGGCUUACUCCUUCUAGAGUUCGUGACUUGGUAUCUCAAAGGAUGGGAAGGCGUUGAUGAAUUCUCCAAAAAUCGAUCAAAAGACGACGUUGGGAACGAGUUCAGUAUGGACACAUUUUACAACCUUGGAACGCAAAACGGGAGGACAGUCGCUAUCCUGAAGCCAUCCGUCAAGAAGGUAUGUGACUUCAUCUCCUACUGCUUUUUCGGGUGCUCAUGCAAGGCACAGUGGGCUCAGCAUUUACACCAAGACCCUCACUGCUCUCUCUUUCUCCAUGUUCUCAUCACCUACAUCACGCACCACCUGAUCCGGGUGAACUACAACGAGAGAGACACGAGCAAGGAAGUCGCACAGAAGUUGAAGGAUAUGGCCGAAAAAUGCGCAAGAGAUCCGCAAUAUGCGUGGUAUGGAUGUCCUAAGCCUCCGAACAAGUCCGACACUGCCCGCACCGACAACACUGUCUCGGAUGACGGCUAUGGCGGCGCAGACCGCCAAGAAGUUGCGGAUUCGUGCCACACUUCCCCAGAGACCUGCUUCCACGAUAUCUACAAACCAGAUCCUAUGGAAGACGUCGUUGCGCUGGAUGAUCUGCGCAAUGACACUCCAACACCUACCCGCAGAACCUUUGCCAAUGGGUCAGACGUUAUGCCUCCUCCCAGAAGCAACACCACCAUGCAACAAGCUUUACACGAGCAAACCCCCGAAACAAUGGGGUUCCCCUAUCAGUAUCAGUUUACUUCGGCACUGACGCACAGCCCUCCCCCCAGCCCACACUUUACUAGCCAGGCAAGCACAAUCACCGAGAACGGUGAUGAAGAGCGCUUGACGUUGAAAAGGGACCGGGACGAUAUUUUUAAUGACUCACUAGGACGGGAGGUAAAGCAGCCGAAGCUGGAUGCCAAUGGUAUGGGCUUAUAA